ACGUUUGCAGUUCAAAGCACUCAAGCGUUCUGGGGAUUGUACUCGGGGACCAGAAAGGAGCUCUUUAUCGUUACAUUCUGCAUAGCUGAAAACAAACUCUUACCAGCUGGCUUUUUUUGUCAUUCCAAGUGCGGAUCCGUUUGCAGAAAACAGAGUGACCCGGGGAGUCUGCAAUAAAACUCGUGCGUAAAGACACUCGCUGUUCAAAUCGGUGUUACGCACGGCACCGGAGCAAGAGAGAAUCGGCUUUUUUGCGCACUUUUCUGACUUUUAAGAUUUUUCUCGAACGCAUCCUGGCAAGGUAAAGUCAGUUUAGAGGCUUUUCCUCUCGCGAGAAAGCAGAAUUAACUCCCCAAUUUCACGCGUAAGUUGGCACCAAACAGUUUUUCGUAUGAAUCUCCUCGACCCCUACCUGAAAAUGACGGAGGAACAAGACAAGUGUCUCUCUGAUGCCCCGAGCCCGAGCAUGUCCGAGGACUCCGCGGGCUCCCCGUGUCCGUCUGGCUCGGGUUCCGACACCGAGAACACCCGGCCGUCUGAGAACGGGCUGCUCAGAGCGGACGGAACCCUGGCCGACUUCAAGAAGGACGAGGAAGAUAAGUUUCCCGCUUGCAUCCGCGAGGCAGUGUCCCAGGUGCUCAAGGGUUACGACUGGACCCUCGUACCGAUGCCGGUGCGCGUUAACGGAUCUACUAAGAACAAGCCUCACGUUAAGAGACCGAUGAAUGCCUUCAUGGUGUGGGCUCAGGCUGCUCGGAGGAAGCUGGCAGAUCAGUACCCGCACCUUCAUAACGCGGAGCUCAGCAAAACUCUGGGGAAACUCUGGAGACUUCUCAACGAAGGGGAGAAGCGGCCGUUUGUGGAGGAGGCUGAGCGGCUCCGGGUGCAGCACAAGAAGGAUCACCCGGACUACAAAUACCAGCCCCGGCGAAGGAAGUCGGUGAAGAACGGACAGAGCGAACCGGAGGACGGCAGUGAGCAGACGCACAUUUCCCCUAAUGCCAUCUUCAAGGCCCUACAGCAGGCGGACUCUCCAGCUUCCAGCAUGGGAGAGGUGCACUCUCCGGGUGAGCACUCAGGCUCCCAGGGCCCCCCUACUCCUCCCACCACCCCAAAGACUGAUAUCAGUUCAGGCAAGAUGGACCUAAAGCGUGAGGUGGGCCUUCGUUCUCUGCCCGAUGGCCCCAGUGGACGUCAGCUCAACAUCGACUUCCGUGAUGUGGACAUCGGUGAGCUGAGCAGUGAUGUCAUCUCCCACAUUGAGACCUUUGACGUCAACGAGUUCGAUCAGUACCUCCCACCCAACGGCCACCCUGGCUCCGCCAGCGGCCCUGGCAACGCCACGCCUGUCAGCUACACCGGCAGCUACAGCAUCAGCAGCGGAGCCCCGGUCAGCCCCCAGGCAGGAGGUGCGGCAGCCUGGAUGGCAAAAAGCCAGAACCAGCAGGGACAGCAGCAGCACACCCUGACCACCCUGGGGAGCAGCAGCGGCUCAGAAGCAGCUCAGGCCCAGCACAGGACCCAGAUCAAGACAGAGCAGCUGAGCCCAAGCCACUACAGCGAGCAGCAGGGCUCCCCUCAGCACGUUGCCUAUAGCCCCUUCAACCUGCAGCACUACAGCCCCUCCUCAUCCUACCCAGCCAUCUCCAGGGCGCAGCAGUACGACUACUCCGACCACCAGGGGGGAGGCACCACCGCCUCCUACUACAGCCACGCGGGGGCGGGGCAGGGCUCAGGGCUGUACUCGACUUUCAGCUACAUGAGCAGCCCCAGCCAAAGGCCCAUGUACACUCCCAUAGCCGACAACACGGGGGUCCCCUCCAUCCCGCAGAGCAGCCCCCAGCACUGGGAGCAGGCUCCAGUUUACACCCAGCUCACCAGACCCUGAGCACACUGACACAGUGACAUGUACAGCCACACACAUCCAACACACCCCAAAACACUUUACUCCAGGGAGAGUUCUUCCCCUGAAUCAGACACUUGAAUUCAAAGAAGAGGAGAGCUGGACUUGUGAUUGGCUCACGUAGUGCCUUGCUAUUGUAUCAAGAUAGAAACUAUAUAUAUAUUUUUAGAAAGAUGAAAAGACUUAAGAAAAUCCUCUGUGAGGACAUAUUGAUUGUUGAUAUUCCAGUAGGUACUGUGUAUGUUUCUUUUUGUUUUUUCUUCAUAUGCUGGCAGUUUGUAACCCAUCGGGGUGGGUGGGGGAGGGUUAGGAUAAUUAUUUGUAUCUGUAGAUAUAAAACAAAAAAGUAAGUUUGAUAUGUUUUUUUAAACCAGUUCAGCAACUAACCACUUGCGGUAGUGCAGAUUCUGGUUCCUGUUACUUCUUUUUGUCGCUUUCCAUGUGCCAUUCAGCAAGUAUGGUUUGUAUUGAAACUGUAAUGCUGUUGAAGUCAAGUGUCAUGAUCAUCGGAAAAGCUAUUAGGCAAUACAAGAGAAAAGAGAGAGACUUGGUUUCACAAUGUUGUGCUGUGUUGACAGGGGGAGACUGCAGCUCUUUCCACCAUCCGUGCCUUGGAUUUUACAUUUUACCAAACUUUUUUGUAUGCAUGUGUGUGUGCGUGCGUGCGUGCAAUGGCCACAGCUGAGAUUACACUUACCGUCUGACAGCGUGUGUUUGACAGCUACAGGAUGUCACCUUUGACCCCAUGGGUGUCCCCCUGCAGUCUCCCCCUCCCCUCCAUGCUGGUGUCCAACACAUUCCCCUCAAGCUUCCCCCAGGUCAAAUCCAGUUUUAACAUUUUAUUUAUUUAUUAGCGUUAACUUUAUUUCAAAGUAAUUAUUUUGCAUACUAUUCUUAUAACUAAUGAAUUGUCCUCUUUGCAAUGUAGACAGCAUAUAAAUCCCCCCCCCCCUUUAUUUGUUUUUGAUUUUCAACCCAGGAGGUACUUAGACAAAAUGGUACAUGCUGUAAUCGUCCUUUUUUUGUUUUUGUUUUAUUUAUCUUAUCUAAAUGUCUAUUUUAAGUAUGUAUUUGCCUUUUUUUCUCGGGGUCAGGGGAAUUAUCUAACAAUAAUGCGUACGGAUUAUUUGUUAUUUGUGAAUUUUCUAUGAGUUUGACUUUAAUCUAUGGCUGAAAGAACUGGAAAAUGGUAUCUCAGUUACACAGACUUUACAGUUUUUCUGUUAGGCUUCUUUUGUUGUGCGAUCACCAGAGGGACCAUCCAUCCUUUCUGCUCUGCAAGCUCCAUUUCCUUUUCUCUCAGUAUCAAAGAACUGAUGUUUCCAAUAUUCUUUUUUUCUCUCCUGCAAUCUCGCCAUGUAUUUGUACUGUCUUUAAAGAAUCUUUUGUAUAUGUAUUUGCAAUAAAAAAAGAAAAUGCUAUUAAUAAACAGAA